AUAUAGACCCAACCAAGAAGGAUCUCGCGGGUGAACAACCAUGUCUCCCCAAGCACUGCCGAAUCUCUCCCGUCAUACCGAUGUCAGCAGGAAUUUUGCCAGCUUCAUUUCCUGUCGAGCAACGGACGAUGGCGUCUAUUCUAUUCAGGAAGUGCCUUUCGGUACUCCUAGGUAUCUCCGCAUCAUUACCAUUGGUGCCGGGGCAAGCGGCCUCAACAUGAUCCGCACGCUUCGCAACACGCUCCCAACCUCGUCCUUCGAGCAUGUUGUGUACGAGAAGAAUGCCGAAGUCGGAGGCACCUGGUUUGAGAAUCGCUAUCCUGGGUGCAAAUGCGACGUGCCGUCUCAUAACUAUCAGUUCUCCUGGCGCAAGAACCCCGAAUGGUCUUCCUUCUUUGCCCCAGCUGCCGAGAUUGAGGCUUAUCUUUGCAAGCUCUGCGACGACGAAUGCAUGCGCCCCUCCAUCAAACUGUCACACACAAUCGUGGGCGCUCGGUGGUCGGAGGCCACAUCCCGGUGGCAACUGAAGGUUCACGAUCAUGAGAUGGACGUAGUCUUCAACGAUCACGCCGAUUUUCUCAUAGACGCCACCGGUAUCCUCAACAAAUACGAGCAACAAAAGGGGGGAGACGAAACAAGAGAGCCAGGCCACUCGCCCUCGCAGAUACAUAUGGCUGAUACGGCGUGUUCUGUAAACAGCAAAUGGAAAUGGCCCGACAUCCCUGGAGUCGAGGAUUUCGAGGGCACCUUGAUUCACACUGCGGCCUGGCCCAGUAGCUUCAGUUACAAAGACAAGACUGUGGCCGUCAUCGGAAAUGGAGCCUCUGGGGUCCAAGUCCUCCCAGCCAUCAGGCCUCAUGUCAGGAGACUCUACCACCAUAUACGUGCUCCGACGGCCAUCAUCCCUCCUCGAGUAGCCACCAUAAGAACGGGGCCCUCGGCACAUAUUAUUGACGGAAUCGAGCUCGACGAGAACGAAAAGUUCACACAGGCUCAAAUAAAACGGUUCAUAUCUGACCCUGUCUUCUAUGAACAGUUCUCGCGGUCCCUUGAACCUGACUCCAAUGGAAAGUUCUUCAUAAGCCUCCUGAAAGACAGCCCCCAGCAGAAAUGGGCGGCGAGUAAGGUUCGAGAGUUCAUGACGACCAUGCUGAAGGGCGACCCGGUCCUCUGCAAGGCCAUGAUUCCCGACUUCCCCCUUGGCUGUCGCCGUCUGACCCCCGCGCCAGGCUACCUCGAGUCGUUCCACGACCCAAAAGUCUCACUGGUAACAACGCCAAUCACGAGGGCUGUCCCCAACGGCAUCGAGCUUGCCGACGGCAAUAUUAUUGAGGUUGAAGCCAUCAUCUGCGCCACUGGUUUCGACUCGUCUUUCAGGCCUGCCUUCCCCCUCGUGGGCAGGAACGGUAACCUGCAGGAUAUCUGGGCUCAGGAGACGCCCAAGUCGUACAUGUCUCUAGCCAUCGCCGGUCUGCCCAACUAUUUCAGUGAGUUUAGAGUGCCCCAUAUGAUACUCGAAGACGCAUCUCAUUUCCCGCGCCUUUCCUUCCCAGAAUUUCUCGGCCCUGGCGCCCCUAUAGCCCAUGGAGAUGUCUUUACACUCUCCGAGCAUAUUGCAACGUAUAUUGCCAACGUCAUUCUCAAGGCUCAGACCGAGGGGAUACGCUCCAUCGUGCCGGCCCAGGCAGCCGUUGAUGAUUAUGCCGCCCACGUCGCGGCUUUUAUGCCCCGCACCGCCUUCUCAGGGGCUUGCCGUAGCUGGUAUAAGCAAGGCACCCUUGGUUCGAAGGCCCCGGUCAUCGGACUUCACCCUGGCAGCCGGAUGCACUUCAUUACCAUGCUCUGGAGGUUUCGCGGUGAAGACUGGGAGUACACUCGAGUCGGCGAGGAGCAGGGUAUCAGGGGCAAGGCGAACAGAUUCGCCUACUUGGGGAAUGGAUUCACAGCGGAGGAGAUGGAGAUGCUCACAUUGGCCACAGCUGCCAACUGA